UUCCAUCGCAACGACCUAUACCGGUCGCUCGUCUCCGUCCAGCCGAAGGGGACUUCGUUAUCGCGAAAGCUUAAAUUACGAUAAAAGAUAAAACGCAAACGAGAUGCACCGGUCGCGCCAAUCGCGUCGAGCGCGACCGUUGGUCGCGUUUCCGCAUCGACGCAAACGAUCGUGAAACCGAUCCGGUCGGUUAGAUGCAUGGCAAAGGAGCCAGUGGAAAAGUUUGGUUUCGUGAACGAACGGCGGCCGAUCCCGAGAGUGGCGCGUGCUAACGCUAACGCUAACGAAGAAGACAAAGCUCCGACUUGAGCGCAAAAACGGAUCCGGGGAGAGCACACGCUCGCGAAGAAGGUACAGUCCGGUAAAAGCGGGCCAAGGUGUCAAAGACGUCAAUCGUCGCAACGCAUUAGCGUUCGUCGUCCGCCGAUCGCCGUCCCCGUUCCCGUCCCCGUCGCGCGGCGCGGUGUCUCGUCACGAGACAACCCGCUAACGAUCGCCCCGUUAACGUGGCGAACGCGUGAUCCGGGAUCGUCGCAGUACGUUUAGCGACACCGCGCGCGGCUACGGCCUUUCCCGAUCGCGAUCAAUAGCGCGAGUGAAUCGACAGGUAUCGACAGGUGUGCCCCGCGGUCGGUGCGAUCAGUUUCGGCGAGAACUCAACGAGAGAUUCGUCGUCACCCGGUCGGGCAAGUGAGAGACCGAUCGAUCACUCGAUCUGCAUUUGCGCGCGCGGUCUGCAUCUCGCAUCUGAGAGGAUUAAAGUAGAGGAUAUAAAGAAUAUAGAUAAAGGAGAGGAGGCUGGAUUUUAUCCGCUAACGUCCCGUCCGAGAAUCUUUAGCGAUCGAUAAAUCCGUCGGUGGAAAAUGGAUAUCGAGAUGGGCAGCAGCAGAACGAAUAAGCCCAGCGAGGAGUUGGCGAAGAGACGCGUGUCGAUCAGCGAUCAGGUGAUGGGAAUCGAUAAUCCCGCCUUCGAGCAUAACCGGCGCAUCAGCGCGAGUUCGGAGCACAAUUCUGAUCAGGGCAGGCGGAAGUCGAUCCUGCAUCAUGGCGGCAGCGCGGAGAACAUUCCGCAGUACAAGUUCGAUCUGGAGAACGGCAGGAUCAACGGUAACAGAAAGAAAUCGGCGUACAGCCUGUCCAGCUCGAUCAGAGACAAAAUCGAGUAUUCCGAGGAGCUCGAGAGAUCGUGGCUAUAUCUAUUUUGCGCCCGAUGUCAUGGUCGCGACGACACACCGUCGUGGGAGCCGCCAGGAUGGAGAAGAGCGUGUCCACAACCGUUCUGUCCAACGUACAGGAAAUUCGCUCGGGUUCUGUGCCUCUUUCUUUUGGGUCUGCUGCUCUGGGGUGUCGUCUAUUCGGUGAUCGGCAAUGACGCCGCCCCGGGUGGCCAGCUGUUUGGAUUGGCCGCUCUGUGCAUCGCCGCGCAUUUCGGGGGUUGGCUGAUCUCUUUGACCACUCUUCCGGCCUUGAUUGGUAUGCUGAUCACCGGUCUAAUAUUGCAAAAUGUCGGACUCGUCAAGAUCGAAGGACAGUACACCGUGGUAGUCUCCAAUCUACGAAAAAUCGCCUUGGUUAUCAUACUUACCAGAGCAGGUCUGGAUCUCGAUCCAACCGCUCUGAAAAGAUUAAAAGUCACCGUACCGAAGCUGGGCUUGAUACCGUGGGUGGUGGAAGCUACGGUGGUCGCUACGUUGACGAAAUACCUCUUGGAUUUGCCCUGGGUGUGGGGUUUUCUCCUCGGAAGCGUCAUAGCAGCUGUCUCGCCAGCCGUAGUAGUGCCCUGCCUGUUCAGGCUACGUAGCAAGGGCUACGGAGUCGCCAAGGGCAUCCCGACGCUGAUCAUCGCCGUAGCUGGAAUCGACGAUGCGGCGUCCGUGGCGGUUUUCGGUAUCGUGAAGAGCGUCAUGUUUUCUCACGACGCGUUGUGGUACCAGAUUCUUCAGGGGCCCAUCGCGAUUAUCGGCGGUCUGGGAUUCGGCAUCAUGUGGGGCUGGUUGGCCAAAUACGUGCCGGAAAAGGGCGACCCCUUCAUGGUGCCUCUAAGAGUGCUGAUGUUACUCGGGGGUGGCCUGCUGGCGGUUUUCGGCAGCGAGGCAAUCGAGCUCGGCGGUGCCGGGCCGCUUGCGGUCGUGGCUGCAGCUUUCGUCAGCUGUUACUUUUGGCAGCAAGAAGGCUGGGACGUGGAUGAUAAUCCAGUGGCCACAUCUUUCGAGAUCUUCUGGAUGAUAUUUGAGCCGAUCUUGUUCGGCGUUACCGGCACGCAGAUCAAGAUCAACGAGCUCGAAGGAAAAACCGUCUACCUCGGACUAGGCUGUUUGGUUGCCGGUAUCGUCAUCCGUAUCGGAGCGACGGUACUGGUCGGGAUUGGUUCCAAGCUCAAUCUCAAGGAGAAGGUGUUCAUCGCUCUAUCCUGGAUGGCUAAGGCGACUGUGCAGGCGGCCCUGGGGCCCGUCACCCUCGACGAGGUCGACAAGAACGAUCAGCAGCAGGUCGAGUACGCCGAGACGGUGCUGAUGAUGUGCGUGCUCUCGGUACUUCUGACCGCGCCGGCGGGUGCCAUCAUCAUCUCGCUCUCAGGACCGAAGCUGCUGACGAAGACCACCGCGCCGGUCACCCCGCCGGAAGCUUGGAAGACGCGCAGACCGUCGAUGCGCGACAUCUCGAUCAUCAAUGAGGACCCGGACCUCGAGGAGACCGCGAACGAGAGGAAGCCCUGACAGUCGCAUUUAAUUCGCAUUCAGACUAUUCAGAGCCAAGUUAGUAGGAGUCCGCCCUCAUUCCUCGGCGUCCUGAGAGUGCCUAAACGUGCCUUAUUUUAGCUAUCCGAAACACGACUUAACGAUCAUAGGCUUAAUGUCUAUCCGAUCACUGGUGAGAUAUUAUCAACUUGAUUUAAUGUUAGCUGACUUAUAUCUAUAGCUAAUGGUUGAAAAUGAAGUAAUAAUAGCGAUAUCUCAGCGAUGUCGUAGCUGGAACUUUUAUCCUGAGUUAUGCGCGGAGAGGAGAUUUUAUUCAACCUGAACGUUAAAUCGUCGAUAUCGUUAUACUUUAAAUGAAGAAGCGAUCGAACUUUUAAGCGAUGAUCCUAACCCAUGCAACAAUUUUUCGUAUGAAAUGAGAGGACGAUCGACGAUUGGCUGCAUCUUGCAUAUCCGUACAAUAAUGCAAAAUUGAAGGAUUGCGUUUAUUUAAGGAUUUUAUGUUCUUAUAGGAUUUGGGAAUCCGUAAGUCGAUAAAUUGAGAAUUUCAUGGAUGCCGUGAUCUUGGAACUUAUUAUACUACACGCGCGCGCGUGCAACUUGUUGACGAAUUUAUAAUUGUUAUAAUUAUUUUUAUUAUAAUUAUAAUUGUAUAUCUUAUUAUACAUAAUCAUAAUUAUAAUAAUAUCAAUUUCUUUUCUUGAUCACUCUAUUUUUAAGCACGGAAUCUAUUAGCAAGACGCUGCGAAUGUCUUUUAUUACACUUACGUAUGUUGUUUUAAUGAAUUCCUUGCCGAUAUUGACCCUGAUGGUGUUUUUAAACAAGAAGAGAGACUGUGCUACGGGGGAGGUAUCUAUGUGCUAGUAAUAAUUUUAUCGAUAACACGUAGCAGUUUUAUUGAUUCACUUGUUAUUCAACAUUAACUUUUACGGGUAAUUUAUGUUUAUUCCUUGCGGAAGCAAAUCGUUCGUUUAAACGACAGGUUACCAUGUGACACACGAAGACAUUUUUGUAAUAUGUACCAACGAGAGACUCGAUUGUGCGCUGGUUUGCUAAUACAAUAUUAAGUGAUUUUGGAAGCUCUAUGAGUGAUUGAUUUAUAGGUAUUGGCCGUAUGACGGACUUUAUGAUUUUAAGCGUGCGUUUAUGUCGGAAAGAAGUGAAUCGCAUGAGUCUGGCAUUAGAAUCGUCGGCUACAAAGUUAUGCCACGUAAUAUCUUACAAUUAAUCUUUUUUGAGAAGUUUUUUCAGUGAAAGGAGAAAAGCGAGUUGAAGUCUUGUAGUGUGAGAGUUUAUUCUCGACGGAAGCGCGCGUCUAAGAAUACGUCCUGGAUACAUUCUCGACGCAUCCUACAUAGUGUAAACAGAUAUAUAUUGUUGAUAUGUUGUUGCAAGAAAUCAUUUUAAACUUCAUUUGAAUAUACAUUUAAAAUAAAAGCAGAUUUUGCUA